UGCAGUGAUAGCAUACUAGUAGUGAGGAAGGGAUUAAUUAGAAUCAGCAAGAGAGAGGCAACCAUGGAAAUGAAAUUAAUUUCCAGAGAAACAAUCACACCAUCCACACCCACUCCUCCUCACCUCAGAAUUUACCCUCUUUCUUUCAUAGAUCACGUCGUGCUCAAUAAUUAUAUGCCAUCACUUUUCUUUUACCAGCCAAACGCCGUGGGACGACAAUGUGAGCCAAAAACCAAAAUAUGUGAGCUCAAGAAAUCAUUAUCUCAAGUUCUAUCCAGAUACUACCCCUUAGCAGGCAGGUUCAGAGAUCAGCUUUCCAUUGAUUGCAGUGACCAAGGUGUGCCAUUUCUAGUCACAAGGAUCACAGGUACAAAGCUAUCAACCAUCCUCCAAAACCCCACUGAAACGUUGUUGAACCCUUUGUCCCCUGAUGAGUUGCACUGGAAGCCUAUGAAUCCAGGUGGAAGUAUAGUUGCCACUCAAAUUAACUGUUUUGCAUGCGGAGGCAUGGCGAUCAGUGUGUGCAUGAGUCACAAAGUAGGCGAUGCUACCACUCUUUUCAAUUUUGUCAACGAUUGGGCCACCAUGAAUAUAGAAAAAGAAAAAGGAGAGUUGUUACUACCCUACCCUUUUCUUGAUGGUGGAGUCUCAGUGUUCCCACAUAGAGACUUGCCUGUUUUCCCUGAAAUGAUGUGUUUGAAACUGAAAAUGACAGUGUGCAGAAGGUUCGUGUUUCCAGGCUCAAGAAUCAAGUCCCUCAAGGCCAUGGUAUCUUCCCACGGGGUGCAAAAUUCCACACGCGUUGACGUUGUCACUGCUUGGGUUCACAAGUGUGUAGUUUCUGCACUGGGGUUAACUUUAGAUAGAGCAUCACUAUGCAUAAUUGCUAACUUUCGCAAAAAAAUGGUUCCUCCAUUGCCUGACAAGUGCCUAGGGAACAUGGCUUGGAUGUAUUAUGUGUUCAACCCAGUCGUGGACAAGAGGGAAAUGGAACUAUCCAAGUUGGUAAGCAAAAUAAAAAAAGGGUUAUCUGAGUUUUUAGACGUGUAUCCAAAGAAAUUUGGAGGGAACAAUAAGGACUUAUCAUUUAUCUCUGAGUUCAUGAAACAAGCCACUUCAGCUCUUGUGCCCCCCAAAACUUCAUCUUCGGAGCUUUGUGGUUCUGGUCAUAAAGAGAAUGAAAUGUUGUUUACAUAUUCUAGUUUGUGCAGACUCCCAAUGUAUGAGGCAGAUUUUGGGUGGGGCAAACCAAUUUGGGUGACAAUUACUGAUUCUCCCAUGACGAAUGUCGUAUAUUUUAUGCCUACAAGAUAUGGGGAUGGAGUUGAAGCGCUUGUGCAUAUGGAUGAGAAAGACAUGACCAAGUUUGAGCGUAAUUUGGAGCUCCUUCAAUACGCUUCUCUAAAUCCAAACCGAUGGCCAGGUUUGAGCAUAGUGGAGAGUUCCUUCAAUUCGCGUCUCUGAAUCCAAACCUUCAAAAAUCCUAAUAUUGUUCUCUCUUCUCAAACUCUGUAAUUUCCUUUGUAAUUUUUCUUUAAUAAUUGUUGUCCCAUGUCUCUAAUAUGAGUCACUACAUAGUCAA